AUGCGCUCGCUGCUGCGUGAACGACUUCAAACCUCUAUAGACGGUGUCGUUCGCGGUGCAGAGUGCUCCCACGGUGUCGCUAAUACCAAUUCGCCUCUACCCUCCAGGGCCGGUGUUCUAGCGUUGAUCUGCUGGCUCGCCGCCUACUCCUGUUCCUCUCCUGCACCUCCUACCCACCCUGCAGCCACCAAAUCCCGCCGGAGGUCGUCGUUCUCAAGAUCAUCAUACGCUUCUCGUCAGAUUCUCGGCCUAGCUCACAGCUCGACGCGAGCGGGUUCGUCGACUCUCAGCGUCGCCACCGUGCCUCGCAAAGCGGCCGUGCUCAGGAGCGUUCACACGUCGGGUCGUCCUCGCUCCGGUCAUCACCUGCCUGUUCCAGCAUCCAAGCAGGGUGCAUCAACUAGUGUGUUGUGCAACAACGCCUCUUUCACGACAGCACGAGCCUCGCUCAGCUCCUUGACACACCCGCAUCCGCGUUCCAACAACAACAACUGGCUCGAUCGUCUGUCGAACACGCUCGCCUCCCUCCUCAGAGCCUCGGAGCAGCAGUCCGAGCAUCAAUCCACCCGCUCAGAUGCACCGCCUCAAGGCCGACAGCAGCGUGCCCGUGGUGCAGGACGCAUUCACAGCGUCAUGCAGGAUCCACAAAUCUAUGACCCGAUCAUCCUGCCAAGACACCCCAUCGUGCUGUGCCACGGCCUCUAUGGCUUUGAUGUGCGCGGCCCCUUUCUCGGUUUGGAAAUCCAUUACUGGGCCAAAACGCUCGACAUUCUACGCAAGAAGAUGGGCGUAGAUGUGCUAGUGCAUGGCGUGCCUCCCACCGGCUCCAUCCAGGAGCGCGCCGAGUCGCUUCACAAGUUCUUGAUCAGCGACGAAGCAGGCGUGCGCGGCAAGAAGCUCAAUUUCGUCGCACACAGCAUGGGCGGUCUCGAUGUACGUCAUCUCUUGACUCACAUCCGGCCCAAGCCCCAAGAAUAUACCCCGGUCAGCCUCACGACCAUCAGCACACCGCAUCGCGGCUCUCCUUUUAUGGACUGGUGCAACGCCAACAUUGGCAUCGGCAAUGAUUACAUCGAAGAGGCGAUCCAAGAGGCGCGCGCAGAGCGUGCCCAUGCCGCCGGCCGCGACACUCAUGGGCCUUCACGCACGCUCAAGGUGCCUUACUCGCUCAAGUCGCCGCUCUUCACUCGUCCCAAGCCCCUGGAAGGCUCGAACAGCUUGCCCAAGAAGCUCGUCAGGAGCGGCAAGCCAGAAGAGCCGAGAUUUGCUGCACCCGAGAACGAGUCUGCAACAGACACGUUGCUCUCUGCUGCUUCUUCUAUUGUCCACUCGUUGACUCCUCAAGGUGGAAGCUCAUCAUCGGAUCAAGCCGCUGCAAAAGUCAAAGAAGCCGUCAAGCAAGGAAAGAAGGACGACGGCUCGCUUCCUUUUGGUCUUUCUUCCUUCAUUGGCUCACUCUCGACUUUGACUGGGUCCUUCAGCUCGUACAUGCUCUCGCUCCUCGAUACCCCGGCGUACGCCAUGCUUUCCACAAAGUACAUGAACGAGGUGUUUAAUCCCAAGACGCCCAACGUAGAAGGCGUCAAGUACUACAGCGUCGCCUCACGCACGCCGAGCUUGGCUAUCUGGCACCCGCUCUGGUUGCCAAAGCUGAUCCUGGAUGCGGCUGCCGAGUCUCGCACCGCAGGAGGAGAGAUCGACGGCAGUGCAGACGCGCUCGGCGGUGCGGACCAAGGCAAUGACGGCCUUGUUAGCGUCGAGAGUGCCAAGUGGGGCGAAUUCCUCGGCGUCAUGGAAGGCUGCGAUCACUGGGACUUACGGGGAGGAGGUGCUCCGAGAUGGCGACAGAACAUCAACCCAUCCACGGGUAGGCCGUACGCAAGCAAGGUGGCCCAAGAGACGUCUACCGCGAAGCAAGGAGCGGAAGCCGACAACGCCAGUUCGAGCUGGGAUGAUAUCAACCGGCUACUGUUCUCCAAGUCCAACGACCAGUCCAAGACGGACACUGCAGAUGCUGCGUACAAGAGCUCAUCAUCAUCGACCGAGCAGAAGCCCACGACGGCAUUCACCUCGUUCGAACAGCUAGCCGAAUCGCAAGGUCGGAACGGAGUCUCGCUGCGUGAUCCCGAUGUCGCUGACGACGCAAGCGAUGUGCUGGAGGGCAAGCAAUCGGAUGAUACUGACGCAGAUGCCGAUGCCGAGAACCCUGCCCUAUCGUCAUUCCAUCCACAGCACCAGGACGAUACGCUGGUGCACGAGAUCGCGAGCUGGAUCUCGGACCGCCUGCCGUCGGGCAAUGCCGAGAGGCGGGCGAUUGCUCAGAAGCGUGACAAGCUGAUUGAGCAGACUGGCUUGACGCUGUACGAUCCGCAGAUUCCUGCUGUGGAGAAGAGCAGCAGUCAGAGCAAGACCGACAACGAAGGCGGUACCCGCGCCACCAACCUCACUGGAGGCCUGACCGGUUUUGCCAACGGUAGCAACGGCUCUGCAUCCUCACUCGCUUCACUGGCAUCGCAGGCAGCGGCCUUCUCGACACAGCAAGUCGCGGCAGCAUCCGCCGCCGCAGUAGAAAAGAUUUCCAGCGAACCCACCGAGAUAGAUCAGACGACAUCCAAGACCAAACCCACGUCGACCAAGUCACCGAAAGACUUUUCCGACCUGGAACGCUUCUGGAUCGCCCUCUGUCGUCAUUUGCAUAACGAAGGACACUAG